AUGUCGCAGGGCAAGACAGAGUGGCCCGAGCUUGUGGGCUUGUGCGGGGAGGAGGCGAAGCAGAGAAUCGAGGCAGAGGGCGGUGGUCUCAAUGUACAGGUUGUGGGGCACAAUCAACCGACGACGCGCGACUAUCGCCUGGACCGCGUGCGCGUUUUCGUGGACGAACAGGGGGUGGGGUCCUGGCUGCGGUUGCGCGGUGUUGCUCGUCAUCUCCGUUUCUUCGGUACCACCAAUCUCGGCGUUCCUGCACAAUCAUCGACGCAUUUCAGCCAGAGAUCUGCUCCUACAAUGGCCCCAGCAGUCGCUCAGCCCGCGGCAGGCGCCCGGAAGCUGACGUCACCGCAGACGUCAGCGCUGUACGCAGUGAUUCUGUUCCUCAUCGUGCUGUCGUUGCAGCAGGUGAACCGCGCCACGCUCGCGUCCUCCAAGCCGCUCACCAUCGUCGGCGGCCUCGUCAGCGCGCUGCUCUUCCUGCUCGCGCUCACGUUCUUUAGCAACAUGCAGGAGGCCAUGGGAGCAAGAUCCGGAUGGGGCGUUGUAUUUUUGUCGCUCUUCAUUGCCACAGUCGCUGCUGCUUCAGUGCAUGGAGUCUGUGCCACUACAUGCAUUCUCUUCUCUGCUGGCCUGCUAUUUGAGGUGCAGCGGGUGUCCGUCGCUGCUUACCCCUCCGCUGAUGCCAAGAAGAAGAAUUGA